ACACGCCUUCCCUUUAAGAGCCGUGUAUGGCUCGUCAUCGCUUUGGAAAGGAAGCUGAAAGAUGGCUGGUCGGUGCAGAGCGCAGAGGUUCUUGUUAUAAUGUAUUGUUAUUAGCUCAGUAAGCGGGGCUGGAGGGAGGGGAAUACUUAAAUUAACAAGGUGACUGAGGGCUGGAGACGGGAUUCACAAACCGAUUCUUUUCAUUUUUAGGUGUAAUUAUAUUGUAGCACCUGUGUGGUCGCGGCGCCGGACAAAGCGAUGUUUUUCCUGCAGAGCAUUUGAGUCCUGACUAACUUGCAGACAGACUGAAAACUACAGAACCGCUGUGAAUCUGGACCGGUUCUGCCACAUUGUGCAUUGCAAUUCAGUACACAGGGGACUCGUGUAGUAUACCAUUGUGUUAAUUUCGCAUUUAACCCAUUGGUGUCGGAAUGGAAUAUUAUUUUUGAAUUACACGUCACGGGAUGAUUUGGGGUCUCGUAGUGAAGAGGACGUUUUGUCUUCAAAUAUAAAGCACCUGUCCACUCUUCCGAGUCCCGGUGCGUUUGAAGAUGUCGAAAGGCGGGCGGAGGUUCAGAGCCGCUGGCCCGGUCAGUCCUGGCAGCUCGGAGUGCCGCUGUGACCCGGUCGGGAGGCCCAGGGCCUGGGUGCUGCUGUGCGGGUUGUGCGUGGUUCUGCUUGUGGCGGGGAUGCUGGGAGUGUACCUGUCCAAUGACCCGCUGGACGGCGCGAGGCCGCACCCCGCAGACUGGACGAGAGACAAGCUGUCUCACUUGCCCAGCAGGGUCUCUGCUAGCCAGGUUCGUCGGCUGGUGUCUCGUGUGGACCUGAGCCGGCUCUGGGAGACUCACCUGCGCCCCCUGCUGGUGGAGAGGCUGCCUGGCAGUCCGGGGAGCAGCGCAGUGAGACAGAGCAUCCUCUCCUCUCUGCGCUCCCUCUCUGCUGGCUGGACGGUGGAGGUUGACUCGUUCUCCUCUCUCACGCCUCGCGGCCGGGUCUCCUUCUCCAAUGUCCUGGCUGUGCUGGACCCCGAAGCUCCACGACGCCUCCUGCUGGCCUGUCACUAUGACUCCAAGAAGCUUCCGGGGGGGCCCUUCCUAGGGGCCAGCGACUCGGCUGUGCCCUGCGCCAUGCUGCUUGAGCUCGCCUCCGCGCUGGACAGCACGCUGAGAGCAACGCGACACCGGAAGGCUGUGUUGACUCUCCAGUUGGUGUUCUUCGAUGGGGAGGAGGCCUUCGAGGAGUGGACUGCCACUGACUCUCUGUACGGGUCGCGCCACCUUGCUGAGCUCAUGGGGAGAACCAAGCACCCCCCCGGAGCGGAAGAGACCACUCUGCUGAACAGCAUCGAUCUGUUUGUUCUGUUGGAUCUGAUUGGUGCUCCGGACCCUCUCUUUGUCAAUCACUUUGACAACACGGCACGCUGGUUCGACAGACUCAUCACCGCAGAGAAGCGGCUGCACAAGCUGGGUCAGCUCUCCUCUCACCCCUCGGAGCAGAGCUACUUCCGCAAGGACCUGUACCUGGGACCUGUGGAGGACGACCACGCACCCUUCCUCAAGAGAGGUGUUCCAGUGCUCCACCUCAUUGCCACUCCCUUCCCCUCUUUCUGGCACAGCCUGCAGGACAGCGAGGAGAACCAGCACCCCCCGACCGUGGAGAACCUCACCAAGAUACUGGCUGUGUUCAUCACAGAGUACCUGGGGCUGGACCUGUGAGAGCAGAGCAACUCCGAGUGACUGCUCAAAUCUCCCUUCAGAACAGAGCUGCAGGCAAAAAUAAUGUUUGCUUUUUGUUCUGUUUUUUAAAAUGAAGCCGGUGUGUUGAGACCUGUGGAUGCUUGAUUGGUGUUUUCAUUUAUUUGUAUUUGAAAGCUGGUCUGGAUAAAACCAGAAAGUGUAUCAGAGUUGCCCCCUGCAGGAAUAUGGGAAUCAUUGCAGCCCUGCAAUAAAGCUGUGGAGUCUUGUUGUUGGAAAGAUUAGGAGCCGGGAGUUUGAUGCAUGAAUCUCUCCUAACAGUAACCCUGCAGAUACGCAGACUCACUGGGGUGCACAUCCCUGACACGGUAGAUAGAGGAGUAGAGGCUUGCAGAUAUUCAAAGAACCACUAGUCCGACUGCCUUUAGCACUGCCUAGUUAAGCUAUUGGAAUACGGGAGUGUAUUUUUCAAGUGAUUUGAAGCUCGCCUCUGGUGUCUGAGACCAGUUUCAUCCCAGUCUGAUCGAUGAGUUGCAUUGCUGCAGCUUGUAAUAAGUCUGGUGACACAAGGGGGCAGCAUUAACUAGCCCUCCCAAGAACAGUGUUGAACUCCCUCAAUAAGUGCAAUGAAACCUCUGUAUUAGGACCAAGGAGCUGACAAUAUGGGCUUAACAGGGGGGGUGGCCUUACUGACGGGACAGAGGAUUUCUUGUGAUUAUUUGGAGCAGGGUGGCCGAAGCUAGCCCUUCCACACCUGGUCUUUGUUCCAGCCCUGUUCGAAAUUAUUUAAUUGAACCAAUUAAACCAGUCCUUAGUUGCUGGUUUGGGGUGUGUAUUGCACAUGUUAACACUGUGUUACACAGUUUACUGUUCUGGAUGUUGUUUCUGCACAGGGCUCUGAUUUCCUCUUUAAGUUUCUGUAUAUAUUUGUUAUUAAAUUGGAAUCUGCUGUG